GUACCAGGAAAGAGUCCUCCCACCCAGGCCAAGAAGCCUAAAGGUCCUGAGCCCACCAGGCAGCUGGAGAUCCAGUCAGAGUGUAACUGGGACCAGCAUCGAAAACGGGUCCUGGGGGUUCUGUGUCAACGCAUGACCCAGAACAGUCUGUCCGAACCCUUCAACAUUGGCCGCUACCACGUCCGCCUCCUCUCCAACACACACACAUGCAAGGCCGAGGGCACCAUCAUCAUAUUCAAGGUAGGGGGAUAAUAUCCAUUAGAAUAACGUUUUUUAUAAACAUGUAAUUUCCUUUUCUGUCUUAAAGAUGCAGUUACUUGGACCAACUCAUGCUGCCAUACAGAUAAUGUUCAGAAUUCCUCCAUGUUUCAGAUAAAAAAAUGCAUAACUCCAUCACUGCAUAGACUCUCAAUCAGUGACGAAUCAAUGCUCAUGAGUAUUUGAUUUAUCAUCAUGCACUUCCUUACUUCAAGGUGUGCAUCAGUAAGGCUGAAGACGACUAUACCGAUGAUAUUGACGAAUCCGAUAGUGAAGUCACAGAUGACAGGGAUGAGGAGGAGGAAGGGGGCAUCCCUAAGCCAGAGCCUGAGGAGCCGGAGAUGCAAGUCGGCGUGACACCUUUCCUGACUGGAGUGGUGCCAGCAGGCAGACUGAGAGCCAAGAAGAAACAACCAGCCUGCCCUGCUGUAGGACUCAUCCAGGUGGGCUUAUUAUGUUCACUUGACAUUGAUUUUAGUCUUGUAGCUAGACAUAAAACAAAUACAAAUAAUGACCUAGCAUAAAGUUUGCAGUGGUUUUAUUGUCAUUGAGGACCUCCAAGUUGUAAUAUAAACAUUUUGGCUACGUUUUGUGAAAAGCUCAAUCCUCCACAUUUGCAGAGAACCUGUUCUUAAUGUUGAUAUUUCUUUCUUCCUCCCCAGGUGAACGGUAAACCCUACUCCCAGGCCCGGCUGCUGCUGGGGCAGAUGGGAGCUCUGCACCCGACCAAUCGACUGGCUGCGUUCGUCACCGGCAGGUUGCGCUCUGUAGCGAAGGCCCCUCAAAAGCCCCUCUCCUGCUUACCCAGGUUGAAGAAAACACCUGUGGGUGCUGGGUGCUUAAAGACAGCAGGCACUGCUGUUACUCCUUUAGGCAGUAGUAGUGUUAAAUCUAUGGCUAUGGCCCAGAAAGUAUUCCAGACACCAGCAGGUAAGAGGGAAUAGAGGCUUGAGGUAGACAUUUUAACCUUAACCUUCAACACUUGUAAAUGUUUUAUUGUGUUAAAUAUGAUGUAAUUAGACAGUUGAGUAACCGAAGCCUGAUCAAGGAUGGCUAUAGUUUUCUCAUAAAAGGUAUCUUUCUCACACUGUCACUGUUGUCCUUUUCCAGGGAAGAACAAGCUUCCUCCCUACAGACCACCAUGGUCCCUAGGUGUCACCUCCACUAGUCAAACCACCACCACCACAGACCCUAAAGACCCAGCCGUCGCUCACCUGCUUCUGAUCCCCAUGGCACCUCCUCCUGCCCCAGGCACCUCCCCUGGCUCUCAUCCUGGUGUGGUGCCCCCUGCAGGGAGGAAGAUGCUACAACAGACAGUCGCUUCCUCCCAGGGCUGUAAAACGUAUCAUCAGACCAACGGACAGCUGAUCAAACCGGUACCUCUGAAUCAGAUGCGUCACAUAAAGGCCAAGAAUCAAGAAAAGACCCCUGGUGAGUUCAUGUACUGAUGCAUGUGUAUACACACACACACACACACACACACACACACACACAUACAGUGGGGAAAAAAAGUAUUUAGUCAGCCACCAAUUGUGCAAGUUCUCCCACUUAAAAAGAUGAGAGAGGCCUGUAAUUUUCAUCAUAGGUACACGUCAACUAUGACAGACAAAUUGAGAAAAAAAAAUCCAGAAAAUCCCAUUGUAGGAUUUUUAAUGAAUUUAUUUGCAAAUGAUGGUGGAAAAUAAGUAUUUGGUCACCUACAAACAAGCAAGAUUUCUGGCUCUCACAGACCUGUAACUUCUUCUUUAAGAGGCUCCUCUGUCCUCCACUCGUUACCUGUAUUAAUGGCACCUGUUUGAACUUGUUAUCAGUAUAAAAGACACCUGUCCACAACCUCAAACAGUCACACUCCAAACUCCACAAUGGCCAAGACCAAAGAGCUGUCAAAGGACACCAGAAACAAAAUUGUAGACUUGCACCAGGCUGGGAAGACUGAAUCUGCAAUAGGUAAGCAGCUUGGUUUGAAGAAAUCAACUGUGGGAGCAAUUAUUAGGAAAUGGAAGACAUACAAGACCACUGAUAAUCUCCCUCAAUCUGGGGCUCCACGCAAGAUCUCACCCCGUGGGGUCAAAAUGAUCACAAGAACGGUGAGCAAAAAUCCCAGAACCACACGGGGGGACCUAGUGAAUGACCUGCAGAGAGCUGGGACCAAAGUAACAAAGCCUACCAUCAGUAACACACUACGCCGCCAGGGACUCAAAUCCUGCAGUGCGAGACGUGUCCCCCUGCUUAAGCCAGUACAUGUCCAGGCCCGUCUGAAGUGCAUUUGGAUGAUCCAGAAGAGGAUUGGGAGAAUGUCAUAUGGUCAGAUGAAACCAAAAUAUAACAUUUUGGUAAAAACUCAACUCGUCAUGUUUGGAGGACAAAGAAUGCUGAGUUGCAUCCAAAGAACACCAUACCUACUGUGAAGCAUGGGGGUGGAAACAUCAUGCUUUUGGGCUGUUUUUCUGCAAAGGGACCAGGACGACUGAUCCGUGUAAAGGAAAGAAUGAAUGGGGCCAUGUAUCGUGAGAUUUUGAGUGAAAACCUCCUUCCAUCAGCAAGGGCAUUGAAGAUGAAACGUGGCUGGGUCUUUCAGCAUGACAAUGAUCCCAAACACACCGCCCGGGCAACGAAGGAGUGGCUUCGUAAGAAGCAUUUCAAGGUCCUGGAGUGGCCUAGCCAGUCUCCAGAUCUCAACCCCAUAGAAAAUCUUUGGAGGGAGUUGAAAGUCUGUGUUGCCCAGCGACAGCCCCAAAACAUCACUGCUCUAGAGGAGAUCUGCAUGGAGGAAUGGGCCAAAAUACAAGCAACAGUGUGUGAAAACCUUGUGAAGACUUACAGAAAACGUUUGACCUGUGUCAUUGCCAACAAAGGGUAUAUAACAAAGUAUUGAGAAACUUUUGUUAUUGACCAAAUACUUAUUUUCCACCAUCAUUUGCCAAUAAAUUCAUUAAAAAUCCUACAAUGUGAUUUUCUGGAAAAAAAAUUCUCAUUUUGUCUGUCAUAGUUGACGUGUACCUAUGAUGAAAAUUACAGGCCUCUCUCAUCUUUUUAAGUGGGAGAACUUGCACAAUUGAUGGCUGACUAAAUACUUUUUUCCCCCACUGUAUAUACACAUACACACAGCCUCAACGGUCUCUAUCUUGUGUUGUCCCCACAGAUUCUGCUAUCAAGCUGUCUACCCCCAAAACACUCCCACCUCCUCCCCCUCCUCUCACCUCCAUCCACCCCCCUCGCAGCCCCCCUCCCCACGCCCCCCUCAUCAAAUUCAUCACAGGCCAGUCAUGUGCCAUCACCCCAUCCCAGACCUCAUCUUCUUCUUCCCCCGUCUCACUCACCAUCUCCUCCUCCCUGAAGACCCCCAGCUUCCUGGGCCAGAUUGAGACCUACUCCUUCAGGAUCUGUCCACCUCCUGCAGGGGACCAGGGCUCAAGGGGCCCAGGCCAGGGCACCAUGGAAGGCCCAGCCGGAGUGGCCCUGCCUGGGGGCUUCACCCUCAUCCAGCUCCCUAAACCUGGAGGUACUGGUGGUGCUCCCCGGCUACCCAAACUAAUCAGAACCACAGCCGUUGGUGAAGCGGUAGCAGCCAGAACUUCACAGCAAGGAGGGCCUCAUCUGGAGACCAAAUCUUCCUCUGGACCUGCAAGGGGAAAGGCCCAGAAGAACCAGAAAGGAACCUCUUCUUCUUCUCCCUCACCUCUAACCUUGAUACCAGUUAAAACAGAGACUGUGCAAUCUGAAAAGCACUCCUACACCCCAGAGUUAAAUACCAAUACACCUGACUCCAGAUUAUCUCUAGCCCAGAAGAAACAGAGUCUGACUCUAAAAUCUGACCUUAGAUCAGCCAAAGUCAACUACUCUAGUCCCACGGAGCCCAAUGAGCUGACCUGUGAGAGGGGGGAGGUGGGGGAGGGCUCGCGACUGUGGAGCCCAGAAUCAUGUCAGAAAGACUCAAAGUUCAGUAAGUUUACGACUCUGAGAAUGCAUGAGAACGGGCAUCCUGAUUUGAAUGUCGAGGACUGUGAAUCGGACGACUCGUCGGAUAACUCGGAUUCCGACAGUGAUGAAUAUGCCGAGGUAUGGUUUGAUUUAAGCAUUUUUUUUAUUAUAUGUUUAUUUUGAAAGUUUAUUUGCUGCAGUUGCACUUGAAUGACUUCUGGUGUAGUGUUUUGUAAAGCCAGAGUGUGUUGUGUUGUCUCUCACCCCAGGAAGACGAGGAGGAAGCUGUUGACAUCGAGACGGUGGAGGAGAGGAGACAGGGAAUCACCAUCACUCAGAUGAGGGCCGCUGUCAAACACACACAGUAAGACUGGAGUGUGUGUGUGUGUUUGUGUGCGUGCAUGGGUGCGUGUGUGUUUGGCUAUUUACAUUUAGCAGUAUGAUUUGCGUGAGACUGUCUCAAGGAAGCUGGGUUUCAAGUUAAGGUUUUUACAUGUUUGUAUAAAAUAAAUAUUUUUUCCCCUCACAGACAAAACAGUCAGGAUGGUGAAACGGCGCCAAAGGGAAAGGUAAGACAUCUCCCAUCUGUCCAUUGUAACUGCAGAGCCAUCUUGUUUUGUAGUAUUCUUAGGUCCUCUUUUUCGGAGAUGUCUUGUCUACUCAUUCAUAGCUGUCAUGUAUGGCAAAAAAAAUUGCUUUAGAGGUCUCGGAAUACCCAAUAGAAUGCUCCAUGACCCUUAACCUUUGACCCCCUGUGCCAUGCAGCAUCAGAGGGAAAAGAGAGAGGAGGAGGGGUCUGGGUCUGGCGAGGGAGGGGGUCGUAAGAACCGUAACCUGACGGAGAGGUUGCGUCGCGGCGAGCACCAGAAACUCUUCACCAGACUCAAACAGGUGCUGUUCAUGGAAAAACUGGACCCCAAGGUCUCGAACCUUGACCUCCUUUCACAAGUAAGGGACAGUCUGUUAUGUGGCUGUGUAACUGGCAAUUUGUUUUGGUUCAUUUUAUCCUGUUCUGUACUGUGGUAGACACAUGUACUGUACACAUAUCCUUUUAUUGAAAAAACUAACCUCAAAAACUUUUUCGCAUUGUGACCUCUGAGCUUCCCAUUGGUUUGCAGCUUGGCUAUAGAUUGAUGAUUAUCGAAUACAAAAGAGAUUUAAACUCUUUCUUCCAUCAGGCUCUGAAGGAGAUUCAUACCCUGUCAGUGGACUCUAAGUCUCUGGAGGAGAAGAAGAGGAUGCUGACUGAGAUCCAGUCUGUCUAUGUCAAUGAGAUUGCAUACAUGUCUGGUACGUCUGACUGAAACUACCCACUCACUCACUUACAUGAGCUACUUGAGUAUUAUGUUGUUUCAGACUACUUAUUUUCAAAGGUGGUUUUGAAGGCAAAUACAGUGGUGUGUGUGAACUUAAGAAAGCCCGAAAACAGAACAAAACUAAGAUACUAGCGGCAUCCCGUCCUAACCCCGUCCUAAGAACUAAGACAUGUUGUUAUAAACCCAUAUCUCCUUCCAUUGUAGGGAAGCCAGAGGAGCUGAUCAAGGCCAAGCUGAAGGAGAUCUGGGAGAAGAAGAGAGCUCUGGCUGCCCAGAGAAGAGCAGAUGUGCUCUCCUCCUCCUCUACCUCCCAGCUCUCCUCCACCACCUCCACUCCUAGUCCCAACACCCUGACAGGUAAUAAUAACCUGUUUCCUAUAUGUCUGACAACAGGAGGUAUGGCACUAAGUUGGAUCAAUGAAUUAGCCAACUAACUUAAAUAAACAUUCAGAUAAAGCUACUUAUUUUUUACAUAUUUUAACAGGUGUGCCCAGAUUGCGAAUUACAGGGGAGCCAGGGGGAGCUCAACUCCCCUUAAUGAGACAUGAGCUCCUCUAAAGGCAACAAAAGUUCAACUUCGGGGGGGGGGGGGGGUCUCUAAAUAUUGAUAAUUUGACCGAGACGCUCCGACAGCAAGACACAUCAGUCUCACCGGAGAAAGCAUCCGAGCGAGGGAAACAGCGCCCCUCUGUCUCAGUAUGUGUAGCCCAUGCAUCUGAUGCUGUCUGGCCAAGAAGAUUAUGACAUGUCACACUCUUAUUGACCAGACAGUCAAUUGAAGGAAAAUUGAUUAAAGGGUAACUCUCAACCCCAAUUUUAGCCUUUGCCCAACCUCUUGAAAUGUAAAAAAAAAGUUGUGGGUGGGGGAAAUUGCUAAUAAAUAUUCAUUUUGGGGGUGGGUAAACGUAGUUGUACCUGAUCCCAACACUUUCUCACUAACACAUACUUACCAGAAGUCCACUGGCUCGCUCUGAUAAUAAAAUGAUGUGCAUCGCGAGCAAAUACGGCUCUGGAAAGUUAGCUCAGUGGUAAGGCGCCGAGUUCCUGACAUCUAUUGCCACUUGCGGUGUAAGUUUGAAUCCCCCAUGGGGCGCAAUUAUUAUUUUUUUAAUGUGGACUGACAUUUUAUAUCGGUAUUGUGUUGGGAAGGAAAGUGCAAUCAUCACCUUGAAAAUGAAGAUUAGGGGCUCAGUUUUUUCCAAUGGUCAAAUGAACUCACAGAUUGGUCUUGGGUACUGUAUACAAAUCUACAACUACUACCAGGGCGACCCCUCUCAUGGUAUUCUUUCACUUUUCAGAAUUAGAAGUGUGUGGGCAUGGGAUGAAUAUUGAAUAUAAAAAACGUCUGCCCCAUGUGGAUUACAACUCGCUGCUAUUGAACUAUGAGCUAACUGUUUUAGCAGACUGCACCACUAAUCAGUCAUAACAGUUAGGGUAGUAGGACCAGGGCUCCAGACUAACAUUUUCCCAUGGGGGCACCAGCCCAUGAUUUGGUCGCACCCAAAAAAAGAUGUGCAGUCACGCAAUAGAAAAAAAGGGUAUGUUAUAGUCAUUCACAGUGCUUUAUUAAAAAGUGUAAUGGACUACUGAGAUUGUAUUGAAGAAAUAUCUUGUUUCGUCAUCUUUUCAUGUUGUGAUUCAAAAUAUUUUUGUGCAACCUAAUCCAGUGAUUGUCUUGCAUUUUGGUUUGACAAUUAAGCUAUUGUUAUAUUUUACUGUAAAAAUAUGGCUCCAGAAUGUUUUUUUGUUGUUUGUUUAAUAGAGAUUUGCCUGCAUUAUAAUGUGCACUAAUAUCAUAGGCUAAUUUAUUUUAUGCUAAUUCACCACCUGAGUAAGUGGAAAUCUCAAAACACAAUAGCUAGAUCGCCAUCUCUAAAUAUAAUACCCACUGUUAGUAGCCAUGUAUUAAUCUAACAGUAAAUUGUUUAGGUCCAAAAAAAGUUACAGUUCUAGCCUACCGCCCAAUUUUACAUUGACAUUUUAGUCAUUUAGCAGAUGCUCUUAUCCAGAGUGACUUACAGUAGUGAGUGUUUACAGUUUCCAUGAGGUCUAUGCAAUCGCAAUGGCCAAUGCAUUUCGCGUGCUCCGUCGUAUCUCAAAGCCAUAUCAGAUAUCUUGGUUGUAAAAUAGUUGCUAUAGAGCUCAAAAUUGAGAGCUGAGAAAUACAAAUUAUACCUACAGAAAGCUGAUAACCUCCUUUCUUCGACUGUGAUAACAGGAAAGUUGUGUUUUACCCACAAUAUAAUUUUAAAAUGUUAUACAAUCAGAACACUUUCUUUCUCCUGGAGCAUUAUUUUCCCGGGGAAAUGAGAGAGCGAGUGGCUCGCUCAACACCGCAGAAGGCCCCAGUGAAACAGGUACAGGGGUGGGCAGACACUUUCAUUACAGGAAUCAUGAGGUUAUAAUGUACUUUACUGUUUGACCAAAUCAUGGUUUAGCCUCCUAAAAAAUAGGACGUUUUGAGUGAGGUAACCAUGUAGAAUGUGCUGCUCGCACUAAUACGACCAAUGAAACAUUUAACUCGCGCAGCCAAGUCAAAGGGUCGCUAAUCACCUGUUUCUCUCUUUCCCUCUCCCAAUGUCCCAAGAGAGUAUGGACACUAAGCAGGAUCAACUAGUUAGCCAGAUAACUUUGAUAAACCAUUUAGAUAUAGCUCUUAUUUAUUAAUGUAUUUCUCUCUGUGUGUAUCCCAGUGUCCCAGUUGUCUCGGGCUAGCUCUCUGGGUCAGGCAAGGGCAGCUAGGGGCUCUGUGAAACCAGUGGCUGCUGUUCUACGCACCAAAAGUGGCAAGAUCAUACUUCCUGCUUCCAAACCAGGUGAGCUCAUACAGGAACAGGACACCCACAUUUGGUCUCUCACUCUUGGCUAGAAGGUUAUGUAUGUUCUAUAUCUAGAAAUGAAAUAUAAACAAUGCUGAAUUUGAAGAGCGUGAUAACUGGGUUUUAAAGUCCAUUGGCACACUAUAUGGGUAAAAUGUGGCAAGGGUUAUGAUCGUCAGACUGCCAUUCUGACUAGAAUGUGGUCCUCUGUAGCUCAGCUGGUAGAGCAUGGCGCUUGUAACGCCAGGAUAGUGGGUUCGAUCCCCGGGACCACCCAUACGUAAAAAUGUAGGCACACAUGACUGUAAGUCGCUUUGGAUAAAAGCGUCUGCUAAAUGGCAUAUUAUUAUUAUUAUUAUUAUUAUUAUUAUUAUUAUAGAAUAUGUUGUUGUAAGUCUGUCAUUCUAACUGUCAUGUAUUUCCUUUAUCCACAGCAGGAGGAGCGCUCUACACAGUGACGGUUAUGAAGAGACCAUCAACAGUCACCUCCGUCUCCACCCCCACCACCACCACCUGCUCAGCAGCCAAGGAGGUUGUGGAGAAGGAGAGAGCUGUGGAAAAGGAGUCUACACCCCAGACUAUCCACCCCUCUCAGCCCCUCUCGCAGACCCCUAGCCCACAGUGCUCUGUGUCUGCCACUGACCCUGAGAAGAAGGACCAGGGUAGAGUGUCUGGGGAGGCUGACCAGCCCUCAGACAGCCCAGCAGAGGAGAGGCCAGAGGUAGGUAAGGAGGAACCACAGGCCCCUGUCUGUAAUGGAUCCAUGGAAGAAGAACCUUCCACAGAGAAGGACAACAUAUCAACUCCUAAAGAGAAGAAGUCCCUAAUCAAUAAAAACUUGAUCAAUAGGCUUUCUGUUAUGAAGUCUCCCCUUGUGGAGAGUGCUCCCCUAAACAGUGCCAUCUGGGGGCCGUUGGAGAAACCGCAGGUGGUGGGUGAGAGUGAUCCAGGAGGCUGGGGCCUGUCUCUGACCAAGGGAGAGGCAGCCGUACUGGUGACGGCUCUCUCUGAACACGAGGGCAUAGUAUCGGGGCAGAAGGGAAAGGAUAGUGUGGUCACACCGAAGCACAAGGAUAACCUGGUCCAACACAAUGGAAAGAAGAACUCUGUGACACCGAAGGGCAAGAGUAGCUCAGUCACACAGAAAAGAAAGGAUAGCUCAGAACUACAAAAAGAACAGGAUAGCACAGUGUCUCAGAAAGAAACUAAUAGCUUGGUCCCACCAAAGGAAAAUUAUAGCUCGAUCACUAAGAAAGCAGAGGACGGCUUGGUGACAUCAAAGGAAAAUGAUUGCUGGGUGACACAGAAGGGAGAGGGAGGCUCGGCAGACGGCUUGGAGGCUCCACAUGUGAAAGAAAACGAGGACGGCCACGCUUGGACAUUAAAUCACCACCAACUGAACAUAUCACUACUACCCCUGUGGCAACGCCUGGGGGGAGCUCGGCCAACGUUACACAAGCCACGGGUAGUACCCUUACCCCAGUGUCUCCACCUGGGGGUAUUCUUGUGACUAACACUAGGGAUGGUGAAAAUCAACUGACCCCAAGGGUACUUAGCCCUACGAGGCGGGGUAGGACUGCUAAAGUACGACGGGUUGGGGAUAAUACUAGCCCUGUGGUGACGACUGGGCCUGGAGGUAGCUCGGCUGAAGUGACUCCAGCUGGGGGUAGCCCUGUGAAGAGAGCUGCCAGUAGCCCUGCAACUCGGGGUAGGCCUCCUAAAGUACGGAAAGCUGGAGAUGGCCCUAGCCCGGCCCCUGUAACUCGGGCUGGGUUAAGCCCUGUGGUGAAGACUGAGGGCAGCGCAGCCAAAUCACCACGAGGAGAUCGCCCGGCCAGGGCAACCCGAGCUGGGGUUAAUAGCUCUGUUGCAACGACUAAAGGAAGCCCGGGUAAAACACCACAGGCUGUGGGUCGGACUGGAACACGGCCUGUGACCCGCGCUGUAGCAGUGAAGGGCUCUGUCAGUGGGAAGAGGACAAUGAGGUCUGACAAGGCC